CCCCACCAAAUGCUUAAAGAUUGGAGUCACUAGCCUGUGACGGCCCAGGAUGAAGAGCGGCUGCUGGAGCCGAGCGUUGGUGAACCAGGACAGAGACAGGUGGCAGUGGUUCUGGAGCCCCAGCACCUUCCGGGGCUUCAUGCAGACAUACUAUGACGACCACCUCAAGGACCUGGGUCCGCGCACCAAGGCCUGGCUCCUCAAAUCCAAAGAAAGCCUCUUGAACAAGACCCACAGCCUGUGCCCCAGGAUUGUCUGUGGGGACAAGGACCAGGGUUAAAAUAUUCAUAAAAGCCAGGUGUGGUUGUGGCGGGUGCCUGUAGUCCCAGCGACUCAGGAGGCUGAGGUGGAAGGAUGGCUUGAGCCCAGGAGUUCGAGACCAGCCUGGGCAACACAGCGAGAUCCCUUGGGGGGGAAACAAAAAGAAAUAAAAAAAGUUCAUACUUCUCCAAUAAAUAAAGUCUCACCUGUG